GGUGUUUGAAGAGGAUAGAGGAGCUUGGUUAAAACAGCAGUUUUUAAAUAUGACUGCACUGUGUGAUCGCAAGAGUUCUGAGCAUUGGAAAUCCCCAAGUGCCUUUUUUAGUCCUGAGCAAGACGUUCAAAAGCUUCACAGUCGAUCAAAUCAAAAUAAACAGCACUACUCGUCUUCACGAAAAAUCCUGCCUGCCACUCCUACAGAACACAACCAGUCUCAAAGGGACAGCUCAGCGAAAAGUGGAUUGUACAGAAGAAGCGAUUCUAGCGUGAGCCCUACUGGCAGUGAUUAACUUACAACGGCAUCCUCAGAAACAUUUUCUACGCACUUGCACAACAGAAGGCGUGCUGCUGCCUUUUGCUUUUCUAUCUGUGGCUACUUUCUUUUAUAAUUUCAAAUCUAAUUUAUUUUGUUCACUUAUCAUUUUUGUAGCCUGGGGUAGGUACCAAACCAUAUAUUUUAAUUGCAUUAAUCUAUUGCUGCUUACUUAGAGAUGUAUUAAUACCAGAGCAUUGUGCUGCUAGCUGCUGUGACAGGGGGAUGUUUAAAGCAAUUAUUUUAAGUAUAGUUUAUAUAUAUUUGAUUAAGCAACACUAUAUUACCCAUUGAGUGAUGCUCUUUGUGAAUGGGAAAAGCAGAGGAGACAGAACCUCCCUGUAAUAAUUAUUUUUUUUUUUUAAUCUUUUUGCAGUUGUAUAUUUAACAGAUUAGGUAUAUUUCACUCAGGGGUUCGUAGCCUAAAUCUGUACGUAUUCUAUAUACAUGAAUGAUUCUCUCCAAAGAGUGUAUUUUGGGGGUUUUUCCGGUCAUUCCCUACCUUAGAAUUAAUGCCAGCAUUAAAGCAGUAUUAAACAUUUAAUAUAUGUGAGCUCUUUCAGACAUACAGCACUGUCCGUGACUACAUGUAGUCAAAUUGCGCACUCCCCCCCCCCCCAAUGCAGUAAAAUGAGUCCCCAAAAGCUAUCUGUACCCAACCAUCAAGGGAAGCCUAAAACAGAAAUCACAUUUAUGUUUAUUAACUGUGUGCUAUGAAUUAAAGCGACACGAAACAGAGCAAUAAUUAUUUUAUGCUUCAGACCCACUAUACAAUAAAAAAAAAAAAAAGUUCUUAGUUGAAGAGGUACCUAGGUCGGUAGCGUGCACAGAACUGGAGUGCUACAUGGCUCGGCCAUUUAGUGCUCUUGCAAAACUGUUUUUAUAUUGUACUAUUUACCUCCCUGCUUUUCAGAAAAUUAUGCCAAGAGCACAAAGAAUAUUUAAUGAUAGAGAAAUUUUGAAAGUUGUGUAAAAUUGUAAUCUGAAUCAUAGAAAAAAAAUUGGGUUUCCUGUCCCUGCCAUACUGUAGACUUUCAUUAUAAGUUUUGUUUUCCAUUGGAAACUGUUAGCUUUGGUUUGGGCAACACAAUUUGAUUGUUUGUUACAGAACUUCUACUAAGUUAACAUAAUUAUAGUGCAACAAUAGGUUUUGGAACUAUUAGACCUUAGUUUAAAAACAUCCAGGCUCUGUGUUCUUUACAGUUUGUUGCUGCUUGUGCAUUUAAGGAGACACAAAUUUUCUUUUGUGAUUUAGGUAGAACAUACAAUUUUAAACAACGUUCCAUUUUACUUUUGUAAUCAAAUUUGCUUCAUUCUCUUAGUCUAAUUAUGAUUUUAGUGUCCCUUUAAAUCACAUAUUUAAUUGCUGUAUCAUUCGUAUGGAACAUGGUUUUAUUUUCGAAUCUAUAGAGCUGUGUUAUGCACUAAAUAGGAUAAUAGUUACAAAAGUGACACUUCCCCCCCCCCCCAAAACAAGUUCAGAUAGUUCUCAAUCCUUUUAGAAAAUCUAUUUUGCUUUGUAGUGCUGACUUUGAAAGCACUAGCAAGUGCAAUGCAAAAUGCCCAAUUUUAAAUAUGUUGUUGCAUUUAGACCUCUUCCACAGGAAUAUCAAUUUAUUAAUCUGUAUUUUUAUUUUGUGCGUACAAAUUAAAAUGCAAGGUAUUUGAAAGCACAUGCUAUAUUGCUUUUAUAUAGUGAUAAUUGGGAUUAUUCCCCCUACCACUGCCAUAGUCACUCACAUAGUUACAAUGGGGGAAAAUAGAUGGGCAUCUAUACCCUGCCAGUAAUUCUCUGGAGUUGGUAUUUACAAAUGCAAUAAAACUAUUCUAACAUGUUUGUUUAUUUUAUUUUUUUAUAUUUGAGGCAAAGCUACAGAACAUGUAGUGGUUUAUUACUUAGGUAUCCACAUGUGUAACAAGAAGGUGUUUGUCUCCUCCCCUUACUAGACAGGCUCUAUCUUCUCUCUAAGGGUCUGAAAUUUAAAACCUUGCCGGCCUGAAGAGAAAUGACACAAAAUAUUUGUGACACAGAAAUUGCUAAAUUAAGUUCUUAAACAAAGACACUACAUAGCAACAUAAACCUUUCUCAAGACUACAUUUUUAUUUUUUUUAAAAAACACCAAUUUUAUGUGCCUCGCCCUACCAGCGAGAUUUAUUAGAAUAUCUUGUCUGAGCAGUAAGGUUUUGAAUAUCAGGCCUCUGGUUUGAUUCAUUAGCUCUGUUUGUGCAAUGAUCACACCUCCCAUAAUCUAUGCUUCUGUGUUGGUGUUUUCAUGUGUCAUACACGGGGAGGUUUCAUCCAGCCUCCACACGUGUCCUUUGUUCGUAUUUAACAUCAUUGUAUUUUAUGGUUGUGACUUUUUUUGUUUUGUUUUUUCUUCUUUAAAAAUAAAUAAAUCCUGUUUUGGUUCUAAGACAUAAAGGCUAUGCAACCGUUGCAUGAUGUGUUGCUAUCGUUUGUUUUCCCUGGCAAGAAGUUCAACUGCAGUAACCUGUUUAGAGCAUUUUCAUCCAUUGCUCUACCGGCAACCUCAGACUCUGAAUAGAAUAUGCUGCAUAAUACCUUCUUUUUACAGCUGUCAAGUGGUCCUGGUUCCUUUUAUAGAGUAGGCAUAUGUUUAGUUCUAUAGGCAACACUGUGUCUAGCAUAUGGCCUGGCAUUUGUUUCCCUAUACAGGACCUUAAAUCAAUAAUGUCAUUGCAGGUAGCAUUUUUCUUGACAUUGUAAUACACAACCAUUUCUUUUUAUCUACCACUUACAUGUUCACUUCUUCCUUUGAAUCUUCAUAGUCCCAUAUUUACCUAAAAUAUGACAGAGUUUUGUGUUUAAAGGGACAGUAAACCCACAUUUUUUUCUUUCAUAAUUCAGAUAGAGAAUACAAUUUUAAGCAAUAUUCCAAUUUACUUUGAUUAUCUAAUUUGCUUCAUUCUUCAGAUAUCCUUUGUUGAAGAAAUAGCAAUGCAGAUGGAUGAGCCAAUCACACGAGGCAUCUGUGUGCAGCCACCAAUCAGCAGCUACUGAGCCUAUCUAGAUAUGCUUUUCAGCUUGGAAUAUCAAGAGAAUGAAGCAAAUUAGAUAAGACGCAAAUUAGAAAGUUGUUUAAAAUGACAUGCUCUUUCUAAUUCAUGAUAGAGAAAAUGUGGGUUCCAUGCCCCUUUAAGAUCAACACAUCAUCUGGCCUCUCAAAUGAAAUACUGGGUUCACACAGAAGGGGUUUAUUUUUAUGCCAAUGGUGUGCAUCUUGGCAAUAUAUAAACAGUGGUAAGGGUGGAACCAGGAAGGGGGUAGAUGCAGUUUAACAGUUUAGCAUUCAAGUGGAUACCUAAAUAAUUACCUAGAUUACACUGAAUUCUUCACGUGCUGUCACUUUGAAUGUAAAAAGAAAAUAUUUUGACAAAUAUUAAUCUCUGAAUUUUUUUCCUUUCACUAAUUUUUAUAAUUGCACUAGUAUAUGUGUGUUUUAUCAUUUAUUUUCUUAUGAUUUGACAAAUAAAGGCAGCAUUCCCGAAGCCAAAAGGGAACUGCAUUUAUUUUAAGGAUUGGAAAAUGUGUUGCCUGUUCACAAGCAUUUUUAAAGGAGUGCCUUUUUAAAAAGCCUGCUCAGAAGUGAUAAUCUCUUACGUAAAUGUAGAUUUGGACACUAAAUCAAGAGCAGGUCUACAUUUCCAUAGAACAUCAUUUGUAGAAAAAAGUGUUUACUACCUCUUCCUUGAAUAAAAAAAAAUUGAUUGUUUUUGUGCUGUUUAUAUAAUUUUAGAUUUGCUAAUGAAGUUGCUUUUUAUGUAGUACUAAAAAUAAAAAAUGUUGGUAAA